AAUGGAUUGGUUCACAAUCCUUGUUACCCCACCACCACCAUCACCGUCCUUCAAUCUUUACUUGUCCCAAAAUCCCACAUUUAAUUUUUAAUUUUUAUAUUAAAAAACCCACUUCCCAGUUCCAAUCUCCAACACAAAAAUUCCCAUUUUCUCUUUCAAAUUUUGAUUCUUCAUUUUGUUCCUCAAAAACCCAUUUGCACACACCACACACAAGAAAUACUGGUAAUUGAACUUGGGUUGUUCUUGAAUUUUAAUGGGUUCAACUGUGUUUUACAGUUCAAUCAACUUAUCAUCAACACUUUCCCCCAAAACCCACUUCCCAAUUCCAAUCUCCAAAGACUUCUCAGUUGAAUAUUUGCAAUCCAUAGACUGUGCCCACAGCUCCAGAUGGAAAGAAAAAGGGCAAAUGAAGAGGAUGACAAAGGUGAAAGCCGCAGUAACAGAAGCCCCAUCGGCUUCGCCGCCGACGCAGAGCGGUGGUACCGGAAUUGAUGGCAAUUCGCCGCCUCCACAACGGAAGCUAAGAAUACUGGUCGCCGGGGGAGGGAUCGGUGGGCUAGUUUUCGCGUUGGCGGCAAAGAGGAAGGGGUUUGAGGUGGUGGUGUUUGAGAAGGAUUUGAGUGCAGUUAGAGGGGAGGGGCAAUACAGGGGUCCAAUUCAGGUGCAGAGUAAUGCAUUGGCUGCUUUGGAAGCUAUUGAUAUGGAGGUUGCUGAGGAGGUCAUGAAGGCUGGCUGCAUAACUGGUGAUAGGAUUAAUGGAUUAGUUGAUGGAAUUUCUGGCUCUUGGUACUGCAAGUUUGAUACAUUCACUCCUGCGGCGGAACGGGGCCUUCCAGUCACAAGAGUUAUUAGCCGCAUGACUUUACAACAAAUCCUGGCCCAUGCUGUUGGGGAGGACGUCAUUAUGAAUGAUAGUAAUGUUGUAAAUUUUGAGGAAGAUGGUGAUAAGGUUACUGCAAUUCUGGAGAACGGACAGCGAUAUGAAGGCGAUCUUCUAAUUGGGGCUGAUGGAAUAUGGUCCAAGGUAAGGAAAAAUCUGUUUGGAUACACAGAACCCACAUACUCAGGCUACACUUGUUACACUGGUAUUGCAGAUUUUGUGCCUGCUGAUAUCAAGACUGUUGGGUACCGAGUAUUUCUGGGACACAAACAAUACUUCGUUUCCUCAGAUGUUGGUGGAGGAAAGAUGCAGUGGUAUGCAUUUCACAACGAACCAUCCGGUGGUGUAGAUGAUUCCAAUGGUAAAAAGGAAAGGUUGCUUAAAAUAUUUGGGGGCUGGUGUGAUAAUGUGAUAGAUCUGUUGCUUGCCACGGAUGAAGAGGCAAUUCUUAGACGUGACAUAUAUGACCGAGCACCAACUAUUACUUGGGGAAGGGGUCGUGUGACCUUGCUUGGGGAUUCCGUCCACGCAAUGCAGCCAAAUUUGGGUCAAGGGGGAUGCAUGGCUAUUGAGGAUGGCUAUCAGCUAGCAUUGGAGCUUGAUAGAGCUUGGAUGCAAAGCACUAAGUCAGGAAUUCCUAUUGAUAUCGUCUCUUCUUUAAAGAGCUAUGAGAGCGCUAGAAGACUACGGGUUGCCAUUAUCCAUGGACUGGCAAGAAUGGCUGCAAUCAUGGCUACAACUUAUAAGCCGUAUUUGGGCGUAGGACUUGGUCCAUUGUCGUUUCUGACAAAGUUUCGGAUACCACAUCCAGGAAGAGUAGGCGGCAGAUUUUUUAUUGACAUCGGAAUGCCUUUAAUGUUAAGUUGGGUACUCGGUGGUUACGGCUCAAAGCUUGAAGGGAGACCAUUAUGUUGCAGACUCUCAGACAAAGCAGAUGAUCAAUUACGGAGAUGGUUUGAAGAUGAUGAUGCACUGGAGCGUGCUCUUAGUGGAGAGUGGUUCUUAUUCCCAUAUGAAAAUCCCAGUGGUGCUUUACGAUCUAUUUUCUUAAGCAGGGAUGAAGAAAAGCCCUGCAUAAUAGGGAGUGUAUCACAAACUGAUAUUCCUGGGACUUCAAUAGCCAUACCUUCACCCCAGGUUUCCGAGAUGCAUGCUCAAAUAAGCUACAAAGAUGGUGCAUUUUUCCUGACAGAUUUGCGGAGCGAACAUGGUACCUGGAUCACUGAUAACGAAGGGAGGCGGUAUCGGUUGCCUCCAAACUUUCCUUCUCGUCUCCGGCCAUCGGAUGUUAUCGAGUUUGGUUCUGAUAAGAAGGCUGCAUUUCGGGUAAAGGUAUUGAGCGCUCAACCAAAGGUUACUGGGAAGAACGAAGGAAGUGAAGUUCUCCAGGCCGUUUGAGAAUCCUCAACCAGACCUCCUGUCGUUGAGAUGCACAGAAAUUGUACAGCAUUUACUUGGGGCAGUGGAGCUGCGUAAAGCUGCUGCAUUUUGUAUAAUGUAGGAUCACGCCAUAGCAUCACAAAAAGAAAUGGAGCGAAAGCUCAGCAUUCUUUCGAUCUAGAACUGGAACGUGUAAUCUUAAAUGUAGAAAUACAGAAUAUAAUUGCGAAAGGGAUGCUAAAUCCUCAAUAUCAAAAUUUUCAUUUGCCUUUUA